AUGUCCAGUUAUAAUAAACGUAUACGGGAAAACUAUCUGUCAACUAGAGUAAGCGAUGAAAGAGAGAAGAUGGUCGCACAGAACGCCUUUUCCUUUGAGAAGCUUGCCGGGAUUGAUUUGCAAAAGAAAGAAAUAAUGGAGGCAUUAAAGAUGCCGCUAGAAUACUAUAAGUGCUAUGAGCGCAUAGGGGUAGAGCCUGCCAGUGGCAUCCUAAUCAGUGGGCCAUGCGGGUGCGGGAAAACUGUAUUUGCAAAUGCAGCGGCAAAAGAGGCUGGGCUUCCAAUACUUUCGAUUACAAGAAGCGACUUUAUUUCAAAGAGUGGCUCAACAGAGGACAAUGCAUCUGCCAUAUUAGAAAAAGCAGUUUCAUUUUCUCCUGCUAUUAUACUAAUAGAUGACAUAGAUAGGUUCUGUAUGAAAAGAGAAGGCCUAGAGAAUGAAUCAGACAAGCGGGUGGUUCUUCGGGUGGUUGAGUUUAUAAGUAACCUUCCAAAGAAAAUACUCGUUUUGGCCACAGCCACUACAAUUGACGAUGUAGAUCCACUUCUUCGAAGAUCUGGAAGGCUUGAGCGAGAGAUAAAGCUGAUGGUGCCAACAGAGUAUGAGAGACUGCAAAUAAUACAAAAGCUCUUUUCAGGCACCUCACAUGAAAGCCUAAACUAUCAGAUGAUUACAAAAGCCACACCAGGGUAUGUCGGCGCGGACAUUAAAUUACUAGUUACUGAAGCAGGGCAUUCAGCAGUUAAGCGAUUUGUAAGAGAAAAAGAAAACAUCACUGCAGUGAAAAGCACCGAAUCAGAAUGUUCAUUAAUGAUUACGCAGAAUGAUGUAUCUCUAGCGCUAUCAAGAGUGCAGCCGGUUGCAAAGAAAGAAGGAUUCACAACAGCAUCAGAAAUUUCCCUAGAAGACGUAGGGGCUAUGGAGCAUAUAAAGAAGAUUUUAGAAAUGGCAAUUGUACAGCCUUCUCUAUACCCAGAAAGGUUCCUAAAAGUUGGAAUAAAAAGACCGGCCGGUGUUCUUUUGCAUGGGCCUCCUGGAACAGGAAAAACAAUGCUGGCACGAGCUAUAUCCAACAAAACUCACUGUAACUUUAUUUCUGUUAAAGGACCCGAAUUAAUAAGUAUGUACUAUGGAGAAAGCGAAAGAGCUAUUAGAAAGCUUUUUGCAAGAGCAAAGGCAUCCCAGCCGUGUGUAAUAUUUUUUGACGAGAUUGACUCGAUAUGCAGAAAAAGGGAUGCUGGCACAAGCAAGCAUGGCGAUACAUUGGUGAAUCAGCUGCUAAUUGAAAUGGAUGGAUUAGAGGGCAGGGGAGCAGUAUACGUCCUUGGUGCAACCAAUAGAAUAGAUAUUUUAGACAGAGCACUCCUCAGGCCAGGCAGAUUUGACAAUAUAAUUGAAGUAUUGCCGCCAUCGCCUACUGAGCUCAUAGAAAUACUUGGAAAGAAGCUUUCUAAGCUAGCAGUUGAUAGUACUAUUAACCUCGAAUCCCUCUAUCUAGAGGGCCUUACUGGAGCAGAGGUAGACCUUCUUAUAAGAGAGGCAGGUAACAUAUGUCUCCAGGAAACCCCCUUAGACCAAGAUCCAAUUAUUGGACAGCAGCACUUAGAAUACGCACUGGGAAAGAUUCGAGACAAACAGUACUCUAUUCAAAAAUAA